AAAAGCGAAUAUGCACAGAAAUGCCAAAAGAUUCACCAGGAAUUCUUCAGUGAAAAAAUAAAUUUGUUUCAAGUGAAAAAGCUUUUGUCUACAAUUUUAAAGUGUUAGCAUAGAAAAAUAAAUUAAUUACAAAACUUAAUUUGUAGAGGCCUCAAAAUGAUUUAUGCCUAAGCAUAUAAACGCAAGGAAAAAAGAUAAAGCCCCAAUAUAUGAAAAAAAGUUUCAACAAAAAGAUUGGAUACAAUUACGUUGAAGACAACAUGCAUUUACAGGACUAUCUCAGAAACGGCGAUAAUGCAAGUCCGUCAGACGGCUGUAAACUUACUUGUCAGCCUCCCUCCAAUAGGGAGCAGUACAUAAGUCACAACCGUGAUUGUGAAAAGAAUUUGUUGAGACUUCAUCCACCACCGCCAUUUAAACCACCUCCUCUCGCCGGUGCUUUCCUGCAAUCCCGCCUUCUUCAACACAUAAAUUCUGGAGUGAAUGCAUCACCAGACACGGUUGCAUUAGAGGAGCACCGUUAUCCAAAUGUCCUGCAGCGGUCGGCAACUCUGCCAGCGAAACACAGCCGUUUAGGGGCUCGCAGCCGUGUGACUUUUCAAGUGCCAUCACUGACAACACCUGCUUCUGAUUCGAAUCCGCCACAAACUCAGCUUCCUGCCGCUGAAAAGCCCAGAAUAGGUGUAGGUCAGAGGGAUAAAGAGGCGUGCAAAAUGACUUCGGAGGACUUGUUGCAACCGGGCCAUGUCGUAAAGGAGCGUUGGAAGGUGGUGCGCAAAAUCGGUGGGGGCGGCUUUGGAGAAAUUUACGAGGGACAAGACCUAAUUACACGAGAACAGGUCGCUCUCAAAGUAGAGUCCGCACGUCAACCCAAGCAGGUGUUGAAAAUGGAAGUUGCCGUUUUGAAGAAAUUGCAAGGAAAGGAGCAUGUGUGUAGAUUCAUCGGAUGCGGACGCAAUGAUCGAUUUAAUUACGUGGUGAUGCAGCUUCAGGGAAAAAAUUUAGCGGAACUUCGUCGCGCUCAGCCGCGCGGCGCAUUUUCGCUUAGCACAACACUUAGGUUAGGGUUACAAAUUCUCAAAGCCAUAGAAUCAAUACAUUCUGUUGGAUUUCUUCAUCGUGAUAUUAAACCGAGCAACUUUUCUGUGGGUCGAUUGCCUUAUAAUUGUCGACGCGUCUAUAUGCUCGACUUUGGCCUGGCGCGCCAGUAUACCACUGGCACCGGUGAGGUUCGGUGCCCCAGAGCUGCAGCAGGUUUUCGUGGUACUGUUCGAUAUGCUUCUAUUAAUGCACAUCGCAAUAGGGAAAUGGGACGUCAUGACGAUCUCUGGUCGCUAUUUUAUAUGCUCGUCGAAUUUGUUAAUGGUCAACUGCCGUGGCGUAAAAUAAAAGACAAGGAACAAGUUGGCUUAACAAAGGAGAAAUAUGACCACAGAAUACUAUUAAAACAUUUGCCAUCAGAUUUAAAGCAAUUUCUAGAGCAUAUUCAAUCUCUAACCUACGCGGACCGACCGGACUACGCGAUGCUUAUCGGUUUGUUUGAGCGGUGUAUGAAAAGACGCGGUGUAAAAGAGUCUGAUCCAUAUGACUGGGAAAAGGUGGACUCUACGGCGAUUAGUAACAUAAAUGCAACAACUGGAAACCCAUUACUCCCCGUUAAAAACGAUUACAUGCACGGAAAUAUCACACAAAUGACUGUGGCAGCAUCUAACGCCAGCGGGACGGAAUACGUUCGAAAGCGAGCUGACAUCGAAACCGCUCACAUUACAGCCACUGAGCCCUUAAAUAUGAAGGAAAAAGUUGACAAAAACUGCAAUGCAACUUUACUAGCCAAGCAACCAAAGGAAUCACACGAAGGCAUUGCACAUCUUGGUAAUACGGCAAACAAUCAAAAUAUCACUUUAAAGGGCUUGCUGCAACAACAGUCUACGCUGGCUACAAACUCCCAAGCGGCCCCAACAAAUAUUCAAAGUGCACCGAUCAAGUCUCCAACAAUUGUUACAGGAAGCCAGGAUGUCUUACAGACAGUAGCUUAUACAAAGAACUCUCAGCCCCAGAACAACGGGGCUGGAUCGUUUUCGGCAACCAAUCAAAAUAAUUCUGCUCCGGUGUACGGAAAUUCUUAUACAAAACUGGAGGAUAAAGCACCAACAAACAAUUUUUUACCGACAAAUCCGAAGGCAGAAAGCGAAAGUAUAGUCGACGUCGCUGGCAAGGGAACAUUUGAGCAGAAAAACGUGGAUACACCGGCCACUGAAAGUGCAAGUAGAGCUUCCCUUUGCGGGGUCGAACAUAAAAAGUUGCAAAUAGGUAAACUUAAUUUAUCGGAGCCCGCCAACAAGCAAAUUCAGAAACUAGGAUCAGCAGCUUACGACAACUGCUCUGAAGUCCAGCGGUCGGCGGACGAACCAAAAUCAACGUUUGGUCGUCUUCGUGUGCUUACAGCCCCUCCAAUGAGUGUACAUGACUUCACAGCCGGUGGAGUCAGCCUGCCAGGCUCUGAUUUAUCAGUGAAACCCGAACCACAUACUCAGUUUUCAACCAGCGCCAAUGCUGGGCCAUUCGCCGGCAACAGCUCGUCCUCGAAAUUUGCCAUGAACCAACAUAGCCAGAUUUUUGGAAUGAAUGUCGUGCCGCCAGUAAAUCGACGUUCGGCAACAUCAACCAAUUUAAGGCCGUCUUCCUCUGGAGCCAACACAAGUUCAACUCAGAAGAUCUAUAGCGGAUCGGCAGGUGGAGGUGUUGGUACUGGAAGCAUCACCGCCAGAAGCAGCGUUGCUGGUGAUCAUUCGGUCACCCAAUAUGCAUUAAUAGACGACGAAAACGUCUCGGCGUUACAACAAGUAACCAAAGGAGGAGCGCUUACACUGGCAUCUCAAUGGAAAAGUCAAUUCGAUGACUCAGAGGACACAACCGACAACGAAUGGAAUCGAGAACCACAGUCUCAACCCAAUUUGGAGCAAUUAACUAAACUGGAUAUUCCAAUGCCCCUAAAUGAGGCCAAAGAAUUUUCCCAAAACGUCGCCGUUAAUCAAGGAAAGCCUAUAAAUUCUUCAAUAGAAGGAAAAGAGCGACCAAAAAGGUAUACACUGAACAUAACUGGAAUCGAAAACUAUGAAUCGUUAAGAAUCUCCAUACCGCACUGCUGGUCUGAGCCUGCUAUUGGUAAUGUAUUGCGUCAAGACUUGGAGCCACCGGCUGUGCAACAAGCCGCAUUUGAUGAUACAGUAUAUCGCAUGGAUAUAGCGAGGAAUAUUUGCGUGCGAGAAUCUUAUUCGGAAAUAAAUCCCAAUCCCUUGGAAAAAUCUAAGCCUACUAAAUCUGUCUUACCUUUACCCUUCAAAGAAGACAAGACGUUUCAGUCAAAUACAUCAGCUAAUGGUCGAACUAUAUCUUAUCAUCGGAGUAGCCUUCCCAAUGUUACAAUUUCCGAUAUUAUCCAUGAAAAACCGACACAAUCGAGCUCAGACGCUAUGCUGGUGGAGGACUCCAACAAACCCUGGGAUGUACAGACAAUUUCUUGCCAAAGAAGUAAAUUGGCGUUGGGCCCAGUACACCAGGAAAACAACGGAUGCAUUAGUGGUCGACUGGAGAUUCGUGUUAUUCCAAAAGAAACCUCGCAACUUGAAGAUUCAGUCUACUAUGAUGCAUUGGCAGCUGUUAAAAUUACCCCAACAGCAAAUCAAACACCCGCUUUUUUACCCAAGGUCCCAAUUUUCUGUGAUGAAAUAGAAGCAAAAGCUACACCAGUAACUUCUUUGACAAACACAAUCAAUACCUUUACGAUACCAAAUCAAAAACACAGUUCAGAAGCAUCUCAAUCUCAAGAAGCUCAUUUCCGUAGAGCACAUUCGGUCGGAAUCGAUAAGCCAAAGCUCAAUGGAAAUAGUGAAAUAAGCAAUUCAAUGAAAAAUCAAGAAAACAUUUAUGCAAAUGACUCUAAAACUCCAUUGCCUAGAAACAGUGAUGCCGGAUUCGAGGAGACUUCGUUGGAAUGUGAGCUUCCCUUAUUGAAUCCCAGCAAAAUACCAGUACGCCAAUCAAAAUGUGCAUCGUGGGCGGGUUCUGAUACAACAACCAACUCAUCUAAGACAUUUCAGUGCCUAGGAGGUCCACUGAAAAUCUCUGAAAAUCCACAAUUUGACACGCCAAACUCAGAAACUGAUCUUACUCCUGUUUGCAAAAACUCAUAUUCCAUUGCCUUAGAACAUCCUCCUAAUAUGACGGAUCUUACACCAGGCUUACGGCGUCGAAGAGAAUCCACUGAAGGAAAGUACGUCACUGACCCAACUCAAUUGCAAUUAAAGUUUCCAAGACCUAGAUCGCGAACUUGCAGCAGGACACGUGGCAUUCCCAAUGCAAUGCUAGGGAAUUUGGAUGACAACGCUACUUUUGUGACCCCUGAAAGAAAUAAACAAAUUGGAGCCCAGUUUGUUGAAAACGAAGAACCUAGUACCAUUGCAUUGAGUGAAUGUUCCACUGAGGAGCAGCCGAAGUGUAACAUUUCGCCACCACCGGGGGAUCCUAAAAUUGAAAACAGUGCAAGGCUGCGUCGUUAUAGGCAUAACUUAGAAUAAACUGAGGCAAACCCCCCCACUUACGCUUCAGAACAGUAAUUCAUGAGGCUUUGUAACUUAAACUGUCAAUAUAUUUUGUGUACAGCUGUUAAGCAAACCAAA